AUGGACUCCCUCGCUCACUCCUCUCUCAGCGUGCAGGAAAUAGCGACCGACGAAUUUCCAGAUUUUGAGAAUGACAUUCGUUUUCGGGCAACCCAAAUGCACCUUCCACCCGAAAGUCAUACAGAUCUUGCACGAGAGUGCAUCUUGCCAACAUCUAUCGAAUACGGUGGAUCAUCCCGUGAAAAUCCAAGUAAUGACUUGGAAUUUCAACAUGCUGUCGAUGAAAAUACCGGUUUUGGAUUGAUAAAAGUUCCCGAGAAGGUCGGGAGUGUUGGCUUGUUGCAUCAGUCGACUGAGUGGCCCUCUCUUGUUUCUCGUUACUUCCACAUGAUUGAAGACACACCAUUGUUUCCAUCCCUGGAGAAUGAGACAACCACAUUGGUUCAACAUUACUUCCGGGAUACGUGCGCAACCUGGUCAUCUUUUGACUCGGAGAAGAAUCCUUUCAGGACCGCCAUCGAGGGUCUAUGGCAAAAGUCUCCUCUAAUCUAUUACGCCAUCCAAAGUAAUGCAGCUGUCCAUCUCUCUAAUCAAUUAUCCAGUAUGCAAGCCACGGCCUUCACCAUGCGAGAGAAAGCACAUGUUGCUUUCCUUCAGGAGCUGCAGAAUGCCUCGAAUUCGCAGUCAACCGGCGACCAACUCCUCCUCGCGACGUUACUUUUAGGGGUGUCCGCCUGCUGGCAUGACAGCGGUGACCUUGGUUUAUCCUACCUGCAGAUUGCCAGGUCGCUUGUCCGUGCAAGAGUGAUGCGUCAAAGCUCUAUUAAUCACCACCCACUUAAUCGUAACGUCAGGUUUUUUGUUGAAGCCUUAAUAUACUGGGAAAUGGUCAUCGCGUUUGUUUCUGGUGAAGGCUUCAGAUCUUCUCUGGCGUGGACGCCAGAUCCAAGUACUUUCCCUUGGGCCGGGCCUGAAACUGUCACCGUGAUCCCACAUCCGUGGACUGGUGUUGCCCCUCGAGUAAUGCUACUGUUCGCUGAGGUCGGGCAUCUUGUACAGAACUACGCGAAAUCGGAUGAUCAGGCGAGGGAGGAUUUAAAUCUGGUUGCAUCAGUCAUAAAGCUGGAGGAAGACCUCCUGUCAGCUUCUAUCCCCACUGAGGAUCAAAUUGCAGACGUAUAUGAUGAUUUGACCAGCAAAAACGACUUCGUGGUUUUUGCCGAGGCCACUCGAUGCGCAGCACUACUGCAGGUAUAUCGUGUAUUCCCGGAUGUUCUACGACGGAGACUGGGUGCGGGCACCCUAAACAUCAAAUCUUAUCUCGGCAUUAUUGAACCAAACAACGGCAGCAACAUGAUCGGUUCAUGGCUUGUUGGCCUUGCGAUGCAUGUAUUAAAUCUUCUUGCCUCCAUUCCCACUUACUCGGGCGUUCGAUGUGUUCAGCUACUCCCGCUCGCUACGGCAGCUUUUGAACUGCGCACUGCCCCUGGGACUUCCUAUAGCGAUGUGGAUAUAGCCAGGUUUCGUGACUUUGUAAUGAAGAGACUACAACUGCUAGCGGGUAGAUUACCGUUGAAGCCUAUCUCACGCACCAUGCAAGUGUUACAAGAAGUAUGGCGAAGGAAUGAUCGAGGAGAUGAAGCUUUUUGGCUCAAUGUCAUGAUUGAGAAAAGUUGGAAGGUCUUUCUGGGUUGA